AUGGAAGUGCUUUUGAUGGCUCAAAAACAAAUUGUUCUAUUAGGGGAUAUUCUCGCUUCAUUCGAAAAAGAAUUAAACAGAGCAAAAAGAAGUUUGAAAACGAAAUUAAGCGAGGAAGAAGUCGAAAAUAUUUGUCAACUUAAAAUUGAAUUAACAAAAACGGAAAUAGAAUUAGAGAACCGGUUGGAAGUUAAGGCAGGAAUUUCAUUAAGGAAGAUUAUUCCAAAACCUAUGAUUGCUACCACUAAGAGGCUAGCAAAAAAUAUUCUAAGAGGGAAUGGUUGGUUUUGCUCUUUGGGGGCAGUUGGAUUAGCCUUAUUUUGGGAGGAUUUUUGA